AUGUUGAAAUCUUUGAAAAUUUGUGAAGUUGAUAGGUUUCUCGGGCAAGUAACUUGCCUGGCCAAUGUUGCCAAUGCCAACAAGAUUGUAAAGCAGAAGCUCACCAAAAGGCAAUUAAAGAUGUUCAAGAGAACAGUUUUUGGUCGAUUCCUAGAUAUUGAACUUGUAUUCAAUAGCCCUCUAAUCCACCAUAUGUUAUUGAGGGAAGUGUGGAACUUAGGAAUGGACUCAAUCAGUUUCUUUGUUAGAGGAAAGGUCGUCAUAUUUUCGAAGGACGAAUUUUUAUUGAUCACUGGUUUGUGGCGGUCUUCUACGCGAGUUGGACGGAGUGAGGAGUCCUCACACGAACUUUUUAUCAAGUACUUUGGUAGUCAGUUGGCCUCAGACGCAUUCCACUUGCAUUUGCUUGAAGAAGAAUACAAAGAAUUGGUAUUUGAAAAUGAUGAGGAUGUAGUGAAAAUUACCCUAUAUUACACAGAGGUUGCAAUGAUGGGUAAAAACAAGCAAAAGAAUGUUGUGGAUCAUACCCUAUUUGAUGAUGUUGAAGACAUAAAACUACUACAACUCUCUUGA